CGCCCUCAUGUCCAAACGCGGCCGGCAAAACACGCGGCCGAUCCCCCCCAAACUGUUAGUGUCAGCCGCAGCAGCAGCAACAGAAGCAUCAGGUGUGGCACCAACGACAUUGCUGCUAGCCGGGGAUGAGGAGGAGGAGGAGGAGGAGGAGGAGGAGGAGGAGGAGGAGGAGGAGGAGGAGGAGGAGGAGGAGGAGGAGGAGGAGGAGGAGGAGGAGGAGGAGGAGGAGGAGGAGGAGGAGGAGGAGGAGGAGGAGGGAUCUGGGGCUGCUGGGGGAUCGUCGGCGGCGUCAUCUGACGUGGUGUCGACAGCAUCGCCGUUAGGGUCGCUGUCCCAGACGGCCGUUGCCGGGUAGCCAGCCAAUCCGCCACGGUA